AUGGUUCUCUUUGUAGCAUUACCUUCGACAGAACGUGAUGAGACUCCUCUUUUGCAAGGCGUAACGUUGAUGGCUUCUGGCAGCAGGGACCCACAUUCGGGAAAUCCUAUUUCCCGACGGGCGGCAGGAUCCACCACCUCCUCCAGCAAAGGAUCCUCCACCAAAUCCUCCUCCACCGCCUCCGAAGUUAUUGCUUGGGCCACUGUAAGUGUUGCUCACUCCCCCGCCAAAGGAUCCUCCUCCGCCGCCGAAGCCACCGCCGCCUCCGCCAAAGGAUCCCCCGCCACUUCCGAAGGAUCCGCCGCCACCUCCUCCUCCAAAGCUAUUACUUGGUCCGCUGUAACUUGUACUUACUCCUCCAGAGGACCCGCCACCGAAGGAUCCGCCACCACCAAAAGAUCCUCCUCCGAAGGAUCCACCUCCCCCAAAGGAUCCACCGCCACCUCCUCCUCCGAAGUUAUUGGUUGGUCCUCCAUAACUGGUACUUAUUCCUCCACCGCCACCUCCAGAAACUCCUCCAAAGGAUCCUCCCCCGAAGGAUCCGCCUCUAGAGAAUCCUCCCCCGAAGGAUCCGCCUCUAGAGAAUCCUCCCCCGAAGGAUCCUCCUCCUCCUCCUCCUCCUCCGAAGCUAUUAGUGGGUCCUCCGUAGGAACGGCUGAUGCCACCAGAGGAUCCUCCGCCACAGCCUCUGCCGAGGCAGCUGCUGUAGGCCGAACCGACGAGCAAGCCCAACACCAUCAGCACACUCCGUCUCUGAAAGCAACAGUGUAUCUUGCCUUACCUGAGCUAGGUCUUACCAUCAUGAAUAUGAGAGAUGAUACUGAGGCAGCUCAAAAGAGUACCAGCGUUCCAAGCCGCAUCACUGGACAUGCUAUAGAAUACGGUACUGCGGCCAAGGAGACCGACCAUAUUCUUGUCAGCACUCGAUGGAUCCUUCAAAACUACAAGGCUUAUUGGAGUGACGAGUUCUGUGGUACUGACCAUAGAUGUAGUUAUUUCCCGGAGGGCGGCAGGAUCCUCCUCCGACGCCUGAAGCCACCGCCACCUCCGCCAAAGGAUCCCCCGCCACUUCCGAAGGAUCCGCCGCCACCUCCUCCUCCAAAGCUAUUACUUGGUCCGCUAACCUCCUCCAAAGGAUCCUCCCCCGAAGGAUCCGCCGCUAGAGGAUCCUCCCCCGAAGGAUCCGCCGCUAGAGGAUCCUCCCCCGAAGGAUCCUCCCCCGAAGGAUCCUCCUCCUCCUCCUCCUCCUCCGAAGCUAUUAGUGGGUCCUCCGUAGGAACGGCUGAUGCCACCAGAGGAUCCUCCGCCACAGCCUCCGCCGAGGCAGCUGCUGUAGGCCGAACCGACGAGCAAGCCCAACACCAUCAACACACUCCGUCUCUGAAAGCAACAGGGUAUCUUGUCAAGAUGAAUCAUCUAACUCACCAUUACCUUCGACAGAACGUGAUGAGACUCCUAACCUCCGAAGGAUCCACCACCUCCUCCGCCAAAGGAUCCUCCACCAAAUCCUCCUCCACCGCCUCCGAAGUUAUUGCUUGGGCCACUGUAAGUGUUGCUCACUCCCCCGCCAAAGGAUCCUCCUCCGCCGCCUCCGCCAAAGGAUCCCCCGCCACUUCCGAAGGAUCCGCCGCCACCUCCUCCUCCAAAGCUAUUACUUGGUCCGCUGUAACUUGUACUUACUCCUCCAGAGGAACCUCCGCCGAAGGAUCCACCACCACCAAAAGAUCCUCCUCCGAAGGAUCCACCUCCUCCAAAGGACCCACCUCCACCUCCUCCUCCGCCGAAGUUAUUGGUUGGUCCUCCAUAACUGGUACUUAUUCCUCCACCGCCACCUCCAGAACCUCCACCAAAGGAUCCUCCCCCGAAGGAUCCGCCGCUAGAGGAUCCUCCCCCGAAGGAUCCGCCUCCUCCUCCGAAGUUAUUACUUGGUCCGCUGUAACUUGUACUUACUCCUCCAGAGGACCCGCCACCGAAGGAUCCACCACCACCAAAAGAUCCUCCUCCGAAGGAUCCACCUCCCCCAAAGGACCCACCGCCACCUCCUCCUCCGAAAUUAUUGGUUGGUCCUCUAUAACUGGUACUUAUUCCUCCACCGCCACCUCCAGAACCUCCUCCAAAGGAUCCUCCACCGAAGGAUCCGCCGCUAGAGGAUCCUCCCCCGAAGGAUCCUCCCCCGAAGGAUCCUCCUCCUCCUCCUCCUCCGAAGCUAUUAGUGGGUCCUCCGUAGGAACGGCUGAUGCCACCAGAGGAUCCUCCGCCACAGCCUCCGCCGAGGCAGCUGCUGUAGGCCGAACCGACGAGCAAGCCCAACACUACCAACACACUCCGUCUCUGAAAGCAACAGAACUUGUUAUUUUAAUGACAUCUGUUGUAAUGAAAUGUUGAUAAAUUUUCCUUUAUAUUAUAUGGAUAUUGAUGGG